AUGAGCGGUCUUGAGAUUGCUGGUAUCGUUCUCGGGGCGUUUCCCCUCAUCAUCCAUCUUGCUGAUGGUUACAUGAAUGGCGUACACACAAUCCAGGGAUGGGCUCGACAUCAGCGUCAGUUGAUGCAUCUAAAACAGCUAUUGGAGACUGAGCAGACUCGGUUUCUCAACACAUGCGAUAGUCUAUUUCGUGCAUGCACAAAUGCCUCGACGUCCGAGAUAGAAACGCUGCUUGCUGGUGUUGAUCCCGCGGGUGCAGAAUGGGCGAAAUAUCAAGAAUCACUGCGGGGAAUGCUUGGCCGUUCAUACGAUCCCUAUAUUGCGACCAUUGUUGAUAUGAAUAAUGCGCUAGAGGAAAUGAAGGAGAUUCUCAAUCGAUAUAAGAAAAGUCCAGGUUCAAAAUGUAGACGCCCUCGCCGACUCGCCUUCACACUCUCAAAGCACAAACGUGAAGAGCUACUAGAUCGCAUCAGCAAGAACAAUAACAUGCUGGCGGCUUUAUUCGAGCAACGACAACGAUUAGAAGUUCACAAGAGACGAACGACAUCUUCAGGCUACGGACGGAUACGUCAACACUGUAUCAAUUUAUACGACGUCUUAAGCCAAGCCUGGGGAUGCUGCUGUAAGGAUGGCCAUAUUGCAAAUUUACAUUUGCCAACGCUUAUGGCCAACCAUAUGGCAUUGCAGUCCGAUAUAAAACUCCAAAUGAUAUUCCAGGCCAUGGAAGACCAAAACAAUGUUACCACAAAAUGGCAAUGGCAACAGGCAUAUAUACAGCAACUAGUAGUCCAGGAGCCAAAGUUACCCAAGAGACCUGUCUCGACAUCGUGCAUGUCCUCAACGAAACCCACCGAAGAAGACAGUGUCGUUUACAUUGCCCGCACGAGCGGAAUCACCUUCACCGCCAACUUCUUCAUCUUCGUCACUCUCGAGAGCAACAACUCUAGCUUCACCAGUAGUGGAAGGCAAACCACCUUCGCCGCCCUUAAACCCCAUCAACGAUCCAUCAGGGCUUGCAAAGAUAUCAGAUCUAUUUAUCUCUCAAGCACAUCUACUUCGCAGAAAAUAAAACCAGACAGCCAUGUUCCGUCACCCGAUCCGCAGCUCAAACCUUGGACGCGCAAAGAACGGUUCAAAUUAGCCGUUGCCGUUUCGACGAGUGUUCUGCAAUUCGAUGACACUCCCUGGCUCAAGCAAUCCUGGGGCACCGACGACAUUCAUUUUCUCGUCAAUCCUUCCUCAUCAAUGCCAGAACAUGCAUAUCUAUCAACAGUCUUCUCACAAUCCAGUAAGGCGCCAAUGAAACAGCAGAAUCGCACAAAGUUUCCACCUUUGAUCCGCAAUAAAGCACUCUUCGCCCUCGGCAUCGUGCUAAUCGAACUGGCGUUUGGAAGGCCCUUGAGCCGUUUGAGGACAGACAAGGACGUCGAGGACAGUGGCGGAAUGCAAGAUCUCGUUGAUACUUUUACAAUCAAACGGCUGUUGGAAGGUGUCGAGGAUGAAGCUGGAUAUGAUUACAGUGAAGCUGUCCGCCGUUGCAUCGAAUGUCCGUUUGACGGCAAAGAAGCAAGGUUCUCAAAUGACGCCUUCCAGGAAGCAGUGCAUGACUGGAUCAUAGAGCCGCUGAAAGUAAGCUUAAAGAACUUCUGUGGGCCAACCAAUGCGGCCAGCUAUUAA